AUGGACAUCAACACAUUAAGGCAGAAGGUAGAUACUAACGCUACCAGGUGUUUUGGAAUAGAUAUCUUAAAGGAAUAUUCCACUAAACACAAUAGGAAUUUCCUAUUUUUAAAGUUGGAAAGACUACUAAAACAGGAAUUGAAACUAAAAUGGGAAGUUGCUACACUUCAGCAAUACAUUAUUGACAACAUAACCCCCCGGGGAUUAAGGUUAUUUAAAGAUCCAGCGUUCCCCAUCGAGUAUCUUGAACUUAAAGAAAGAUGGUAUGAAGCAAUGGAAGACUGCUCAUUUGUUUUUAUGGAUAUUAUCAUUGAAUGUAGAAAAAAGAAGUUGGUAGAAUUACACCAGGAAAUUAAAGAAAUACAAAAUAUCCUAGAAUCCCUGGAAGGAGGGGACAAUCCAAAGGAAAGGGUUGCUAAAAUAGCUGAAAGUGUAGAUAGACUGGAGGAGGAUAUAAAGAGGACUAAGAAGAAGAAAUUCCUGCGGGAUAUGGAUGACUAUAAAAACAAUAGAGUCAGAAAUUUUCAGAAGAAAUACGACUCACAUUAUGAGAAAAAGAACUAUCAAGAGAAAAAGUCAUAUCAACAAUAUAGAAUUGAAUAUGAGAAUCAAAAUAAAAAUUCUUAUGUAAGAAGAAAUAAUAAAUGGAAUGGAAGUCCUAACCAGCAGUCAAGAAUACUUUAUGAACGAGAAAAUCCUAAUUUUAUACCAGUUAAUGAUAAAAGACGGACACAUGAGGGAUGGAGAAGACCUUUGAACAACAUAGAAGGGGAUUAUCUGUUGAGGAGGCGAGAUCCACCAAUAGUCCAAAGGAGAACAGAGACAAAGCACAGACAGAAUAUAGAACGUGAAAAUUUUAGAAUAUCAAGAGGUCAAGAUGAAAGUAAACACAGAAUGCCACCAAAUACCCACCUGGACAGGAGGAAGGAAAUAUAUGGUAAAAAUAAAGAUAGGGAAAUUGAAAAGACAUCUGAAAGGAGAAGAGAAGAAGAAUAUGUGGAGACUCCUGUAGGAGGAAAUACAGUAACGGUUCAAGCAGAGGUACAUAAUAACACAAGGGAGGCGUUUUUUUUAGGAAGGAACACCAGAGAAAUAACUACAUGGUUCCAUCCGAUGACACCAAGAAGGACAAAAAGAAAAGAGCCCAACUUAGAAGAAAUAGAGGAGGAAGAAGAACAAGGGUUAAUCAAGAAAAAGACCAAGAAGAACAUUCAGUAG